AUGAUGUCUACUUCCAAUGAACGCCGAGAGAUACAGCGACGCUACCGAGAGAACCGUCGCAACCGCCUCGCCACACUUUUCGUUGUUCACCGUGAGCGCGUGAACCGCCCUGUGCCCCGCAGCUCGCACCGCGAAUCUCCCAGUGUUGGUCCGGGUCGACGUCGUGGUCGUGACAGUGCGCGCCGUAGCUUGGAGGCGACACCGACUGCACCUGUGGCGGACUUCGACUCGUCGCCUUCGGAUGAAGCGGAGCUGCCUGGAAACCCCCCUGUGGCUUAA